CAGAGAAAGGAGGGCAUCAAGCUUAGGGGGCCAAUCCCCGUCUUUCUACCAGUCCCUUAUAACAACUCAAGCUCCCUUUAAAGAGGCUCAUAUUGGAAUACUCUGUUGACAAGUAGAUACCACUUCACCUCUGCUAGGGUGAGUGCUGGUAGCUCCUCCCUGUUAAAUGCACAUCUCAAUGCCUCUGCCCUAAGUGAGUUGUGCAAUAAAUGAGCUGUCACACUGAACAGGUGGGAAAGAAGUGAACUGCUUGUUCACUUGCUGCCGUUGCCACUGCUGGUCCAGAAAUAGAAGAUAAGACAGCACAAAAAAACAAAGACAAAAAUACCUUCAAGCUCCCUUCAGUAGUUGCUACACCUUCAGAUUGAGACAUCCUUCCUUAUUUGCAAACCUCAGCUGUGUCCAGGGGCAGGGCCACAGUGAAACUGCCAGGAGCAAAAAGGCUUCCAAGAAAAAGUACCACAUCAGACUGGAAACUGGGGACUGAUCAAUCCUGGGAUAUGACGGGCAUCAGAAGGCUCCCUCUCCAAAGGACUUAAGAACCAAAGCUGACAGUUUCUUUACUUGCAGGUAGCUGACAGAAUUUAAUCCUGAAGACCGGAAACAUGGCUUGUACCAUCCAAAAGGCGGAAGCACUCGACGGGACUCGUCUGAUGCAGAUCCUCUGGCAUGAUGAGGAAGAGUCUCUCUACCCAGCUGUAUGGUUGCGAGACAACUGCCCGUGCUCUGAUUGCUACCUGGAUUCUGCAAAAGCACGGAAACUUCUAGUCGAAGCUCUUGAUGUGAACAUUGGAAUUAAAGGCUUGACAUUUGACAGAAAAAAGGUGUACAUCACAUGGCCCGAUGAGCAUUACAGUGAAUUCCAGGCUGAUUGGCUGAAGAAAAGAUGCUUUUCCAAGCAGGCCAGAGCAAAGCUCCAAAGAGAAUUGUUUUUUCCAGAAUGUCAAUACUGGGGCUCAGAGCUCCAGCUACCCACUUUGGAUUUUGAAGAUGUUUUAAGAUAUGAUGAACAUGCGUACAAGUGGCUUUCCACCCUCAAGAAAGUAGGCAUAGUACGACUCACCGGAGCAUCUGACAAACCAGGAGAAGUUUCAAAACUUGGGAAAAGAAUCGGUUUCCUCUAUCUCACAUUUUAUGGACACACUUGGCAAGUGCAAGACAAAAUCGAUGCAAACAAUGUGGCUUACACAACCGGGAAGCUAAGCUUUCACACUGAUUAUCCAGCCCUCCAUCAUCCACCUGGGGUUCAGCUUCUUCACUGCAUAAAGCAAACAGUCACAGGGGGUGAUUCAGAAAUUGUAGAUGGGUUUAAUGUGUGCCAAAAGCUAAAACAAAAUAAUCCUCAGGCAUUUCAGAUUUUAUCCUCUACCUUCGUGGACUUUACAGACAUUGGAGUGGAUUACUGUGAUUUUUCUGUACAAUCAAAACACAAAAUUAUAGAGUUAGAUGAUAAAGGCCAAGUGGUUCGCAUCAACUUCAAUAAUGCAACUAGGGACACAGUAUUUGAUGUGCCUGUUGAAAGAGUUCAACCUUUUUAUGCUGCUCUGAAGGAGUUUAUUGACCUCAUGAACAGCAAAGAAUCCAAGUUUACCUUCAAGAUGAAUCCAGGUGACGUGAUUACUUUUGAUAACUGGCGCUUACUUCAUGGCCGACGUAGCUAUGAAGCAGGAACUGAGAUAUCCCGCCAUCUAGAAGGAGCUUAUGCUGACUGGGAUGUGGUCCUGUCAAGGCUUCGUAUCUUAAGGCAGAGGGUCGAGAAUGGAAACUGAAGUCUCCUGUAGAUAAUUUUAGUAAGAUUCCAAUGAGUAUAUUUUGUAAGAUAUGACACAUUAUUCACAGACCAUGAUUUUGUCAUUUACAUAUAAUUUCCUUAACAAUGAACAUGUAGCUUCUCUCACAAGAGUACUCUUUACCUUGUAAUCAUAUACAAUGUCAACUUUUUAGAUGUUUCACCACUCUUUUGCAAAUAAAGCAUCUUUUCUGCUCUGUUGCAUGCCUACUCUAAUUUCUUUUGCCCAUAUAUGAGUAUCUCCAGAAUGUCUACAAAUAGUUUUUGUAGCAAAUGAAACAUUUCUUCAAAUAAGCCUUUCGUUUCAAAUAAAACUUGUCUCAAAACAUGCUU